UGAAGUUGAUAUAUUGAGCCGUAGGAUACCAAAAACCAACUUUCUCAUCCAAUCUAAAGGCUAAGAAUAAAUAUAUGAAAGCCUAGAAAAGAGAAGAGAGAGAAACAAGAAAGAGGAGGAAGAAGAAGAAGGAAAGGAGAGAAUUCAAAUCAGAAAACCCAACAAAAAAAAAAAACAAAGAAAACGGUUAGAAAGCUCUCUCUGCCAUCUCUUUCUCUCUCACAGCCUGUGAGAGACCCUCUUCUGAAGCCCUAGCCUUGGCCGUGUAUGGAAUAGCCGUUGCUUUACGAAAGCCCUCUCUGAAAGAUUUCGUUGUUGAAGUCGCCGGAAAUGGCAGAUAGGCCGCCGCCUAAUCCGGUACAUUUUGCAUCAUUGGCGUCGGUUAGGGUUUCGGGUUUAUUUACAGUUUGUUUUAGGCAGAGUCCAACAUAAAAGCGUUUGGUUGGCGCUGUCUGAUCAAUCGAGAUAGGGAGAGAAAGAAAGAGAGUGAGAGUUGUUGGAUCGUCGUUGUUAUCAUGGCCAAGGGAGGGUUAUUCUUUGAGAAGCUUCGGAGGUGUGUACGGACGGUGUUUUUUAUGUUUGCGAUGGUGGUUUCGCUGCUGGUAUCAUCAUUGCCUGUGCUUGUUGCUAUAGGAGAUAUCUUGGUACCUUGCGUUCUGAUCUCGAGUUUUACGUGCGUGAGUUGUUACGGUUUUAAAGAGCAUUUGAAUCGAUACGCGUUCAAGAGUUCUCUUACCGAUAUUCCUCUCGUCUCUGUUAUCAGAUCUCUCAUUAUUAUUUGUGUUUAUUCAAUGUGUGAUGGCCCUGCUUUAUCACACGGCCCAUACCUUGGAACCGUGACUUUAUCUUCCUUUGUAUCAAUCAUUCUUCUUUCAGUCAAGGCCUGUGUUUUUACUGUAAAUUCUCAACUUGUGGCUGAGGCUUCAUCUUCCCCCUCAAGACAGAAGCUUCACCUAAAAAAGUCAUGGGGAAUGCCGGUCUUGUUUCUAUCAUCGGUGGUUUUUGCCCUUGGACACACUGUAGUGGCUUAUAGAACAAGCUGCAGGGCAAGGAGGAAGCUCCUAUUUCACCGUGUUGACCCCGAAGCAGUCCUUCUUUGUAAGAACGUUUUCUCAAGUUAUCAGAAAGUCCCGCGAUCUCCCACUCCUUCUGUAGGAAAAACCCCUAAAAGUGACAGUGAGACAAGGCGGAAGCCAUUUGGGAAUACUCGUGAUGAAGGGGAACGUUCGGUUAGACUACUUGCCGAUGUUGACAGUUUAUUCAUUCCAUGCCAAGGGAUUAAUCUUCACUACAAGCUCAGCUUGCCUGGUUCUCCACCUCGUUCCUUAUCAUCUACUACCUUUCUCAAUUCUGAUCCGAACUGUGGCUCAUUACAAAUGGCUACGGGUCGAUCAAAACCUGACAAGCAUCCUUUAAGUCUGUUCUCAAAAGGCCAGCAUAAUCUGCAUAGGAGUUACAGCAAUCAAUUUCAUGGCUCAUCUCUAUAUGCUCCUUUAUUGGAUGGUUCUACAAAUUCUCCUGUUUUUUCUGAAGAUAUUCCACAUUUUAGUCUAGAUGCUGGUAAAGAGGAUGAGGUUCGUAAAAUAAAUUAUCCAACUAUAGAAAGGGAAGUGGAAGGAGAUGGACAAUUUGGUAUUGUUUUGGUGCAUGGUUUUGGUGGAGGAGUUUUCUCUUGGAGGCAUGUGAUGGGGGUCCUGUCUCGGCAAGUUGGCUGUACAGUUGCUGCUUUUGAUAGACCGGGUUGGGGAUUAACUUCAAGGCCAUGUCGGGAGGAUUGGGAGGAAAAAGAAAUGCCCAAUCCCUACAAGCUUGAAACUCAGGUUGACCUGCUUCUUUCUUUCUGCUCUGAGAUGGGAUUUUCUUCAGUGGUGCUUGUUGGCCAUGAUGAUGGUGGGCUUCUGGCUUUAAUGGCUGCACAAAAAAUUCAAGAAUCUUUGAAUUCUUCAAAUGUUACAAUCAAGGGGGUGGUGCUGUUAAAUGUAAGCUUGUCAAGAGAGGUUGUUCCUGGUUUUGCAAGGAUUCUAAUGCGUACUUCACUUGGGAAAAGGCAUCUUGUGCGUCCGCUAUUGCGAACAGAAAUUACUCAAGUAGUAAAUAGGCGAGCAUGGUACGACGCUACCAAGUUAACCACAGAUGUUUUGAGUUUGUAUAAGGCUCCUCUUUGUGUAGAAGGUUGGGAUGAAGCACUUCAUGAGAUUGGCAGAUUGUCACAUCAGACAAUCCUGACUCGACAAAAUGCUGAAAUAUUAUUGAAGGCAGUAAAAGACAUACCAGUGAUGGUGGUUGCAGGUGCUGAAGAUGCCUUAGUCCCUCUUAAAUCUUCCCAAGCUAUGGCUUCAAAACUAGGAAAUUCUGAACUUGUUGCGAUAUCUGGAUGUGGCCACCUUCCCCAUGAAGAGUGUCCCAAAGCAUUACUUGCUGCCAUCUCACCCUUCAUAAGCUUACAUGUACUUAAACAAUGCUCACAAAGCUAGUAGGUGUAAUUCCAUUCAUUAUAAAAAUAGGGCUUUUAUCUGUUUGUAGGUUUUUUUUUCUUAAAUUUUGGCCUUUAAUCACUUGAAGCAAUUGAUUCCAAUAGGAGGAGAGAGCGAGAGAGAUAAGUCAUCUCUUCUUUUGGGGUUUUCUUCUUCUUUUUCUUUUUUUUGUUUUUUGUGUUUAGGUUUAGGGCCUUACCCUAACUCUAAUUUUCUAGGGUGUGAGAGCUCUUUCCUUGUAUGGCUUUUUUUUUCUUUCUUUUCUUUUCUUCUUUUUCCUCCCUAAAAAAAGCUUAUUUUUCUCUUCUCACCAAGUUGCUAAUUCCCACAAAAGUGGUGGCAGAUUAGCGUACAUUUUGUAUAUUUUGUAAGCUUUGGAAUCAUGGAAUUCAUCAAGUUAUUUCAGCGUG